UCUCAGUUAUCGAAAACCGAUAGCCCGAUGACUGCAGCAGGCCAGGUGAAAUCAGAAGAUAUUUAAUAAACUGAAUUGAGCCGGCUCUGCGUGGGAACGUGCGUGUGGAAUAGUCCCCAGGAGAAUCGGGAAGUGGUAAAUCUUGAGCCGCUGCUGCCAAUAGAAGAGCACCCUCUGCGAGGACCAGCCCGGCACGUUGCAUAUUGGUUAAUUCCUGUAGAGUAUUGGCCAAUACAGGUUCAAUUAUGGCAACAGUGGUCUUUCUGUCGCGCCAGCGAUUGCUUGCCUGCUCCUUGCGGCUGUUCGGUGGCGCCCACUCAAGGUGCCUGUCGACGAUGUCCGAGACUAGUCCAACAAGUCUGGCUAGUGAUUCCUGGCCUCUCGCGAAUCGCCGUAACCUGCUCCUGCCCACCGUCAACAUCCGCUUCAACCACAAGUCGGCGAACCCGGCGGCGGCUGCACCAGCGCCCGCCAUUAACAACUCGUCAGCCGGCGGCAAGGAUUUGAAGGCCACCAACAGCACCACCUCCAGCGAACUCUUUGGCGAGGCGGCAAACAUGGGUUUGUUCGCCAAGUUCAAGCACAUGUACAAACAGUACUGGUACGUGCUCAUCCCGGUGCACGUGCUCACGUCAGUGGGCUGGUUUGGAGGCUUCUACUACCUGUCAAAGAGUGGCGUCGAUGUGCCCGCUUUGCUGCAGUACAUCCACUUGAGCGAGAACAUCAUUGAGAAGGUGCAGGGCUCGGAUAUGGGGCACUACGCCAUCGCCUAUCUGUGCUAUAAAGUGGCCACGCCCCUGCGCUACGCCCUUACUUUGGGGUGUACAACCGUAUCCAUUAAGUACCUGGUGCAACACGGCUACAUUAAGCCCAUGCCCACAAAAAGCGAGCUAAUAAAGAUGUACGAGGACAAGAAGGCCACCCGGGCAAGCGCUAAGGCGGACAAGGCAGAGAAGGACGAGAGAGAAUGAUCCACGGCCACGGGCAAACACAUUCCGACUUCAGUGGUGUCGUUGCCUUUGCCACAGUCACUAGAUCCUAAACCGCCGCCGCCGCUGCUGCCACUGUCAAUGCCCCAAGGGAUCGGCGACCAGCAGCGACCGGACGCCGGCGAGCGGCGAGCAGUUGACCUGUUGUCUUUUUUGUUAAACUGCCGCCGUUCUUGCUGGCACUGGUGCUCAAACGAACAUAACUCUUGUCCGGAAUCACAGUCGAUCGCAGAAGCCGCAGCCACCGCACUGAGUUGCCGAUGCACACACGCCCACUAACCACAGUUAAAUAGCCUUUCUGCUGCAGUUACGAAACGGCGGGACGUCCCCAAUGGGAAACCAAAUCUUAUUUCACAAAGAAACCCAAAACAGAGCCGCUGAACGUGGAGUUCAGUAGUCGUUAUUUAUAGAUAUAUUUUGUAAAUGUGAGAAUGUUGUCGCAAACAAAAACCUAACUUUUAAAUUAAAGUAUAAAUAAAAAGAAGCAGAGCCUCUAGUUCUGGGUGUGACCCUAAUCGCACGAAAUGAAGUUUAAAUUGUUGACAUAUACUCUGUAUAAUGAAAUGUUAGUUUUAUUAAUUUAGUUUUGUUAGGAUGCCCAAUUCUAUUUCCGAAGGAUGGAAUCAUAUGAAUGAUGUUACUACGACACACAAUAUAUGCCUGAUAAGUAAAAUCAUUUAAAAAAAUAUUUGGAAAUGUACAAAAACAGAAAUAUUAAAAUACUUUAGUUGUUAUUAAGUUGUGUUAUUGCACUUGACUGCAGCCC